AAUGCCAUGCUACCCACAUAAGCUAUGUCCGUAUUUAGGAGCCAAAUUCCCACCUCAGCAUACCUCAAAAAAAGUCUCGUUGGAACUUCGUUGAAGAUACACUACCUUUCGACCAAUUGGAGCUUCGAGUGAUCUACCCUGCACCGACAUAGCUUAUCCUCCAAUUCAAUGUCAUCACAGAGGUCGAGUUCGAUGGAGGCACAAGACAACAUCAGGAAGCGAGUAUGCAAAGCUUGCGAUCGCUGUCGAUUGAAGAAGUCAAAGUGUGAUGGAGCGAGUCCCUGCAGCCGGUGUAAAGCUGAUAAUGCCAUCUGUGUGUUUGGUGAGAGGAAGAAGUCGCAAGAUAAAGUCUACCCUAAAGGCUAUGUUGAGAUGCUCGAACAACAACAAGCGCAACUCGUCGCCGGACUUCGAGAACUAUACACUCGCCUACAGACAGGGCAGGGUUGGCCAGGUCAACCAUUGCGUGAAGCACAAAGCGGUCAUCCUUUGACACACGACAUUCUCGAACGACUUGACCUUUUGCACGGACCGAGCGAAAACGGUAGCAACUACGAAGGUUUCGAAGAAGACUGCAGUCGUAUGCAACACAAGCUGCUUGAGAGAGGGGCACCGUUGUCUCAUAGGCGUGGAUCCGUGAGCUCGGAUUCAGAGCAUGGCCAUACAUCAUCUCCUUCGUCAUACAGCGGAACUCCGACCACAAGACAAUUCCCCUUCACCGACUCAUUCGCACGCAACAACGCACCGCCAACGCCGCCUAUGAACAGUCCUUUCCCAAGACAAUCACAGAUGACUACUCCGAUAAAACAGGAAUCGCCCAUGGUCUCCUCAACCUUUAUGCACACUGGUGCUUUGGAUCCUUCAGCACUUUCAAGAGCUUGGAUGAAUGAUUCGAUGAUGAUGGAAGAGCCAAUGGACUUCAGCAAACCCAUGUAUGGGUUCGAGAACUUCAACAACUACGAUCAGGUCAUAAUGGUUGACCCAAUAUCGAUGGACCCCAACGACCCCAUGAUGCCUGACUGGAACAAUACAAGCGACCUGGACUUCAGCAACUUCAUACAGAAUCCGGUCGGCGCAUGAGUAGCGCGAAUUUGUCUCCUCUUCAGCGUUCUUUGUCUAGCGUUCUAGCGUUUUGGGAUAGAUCCACACGGCGAACUGGAUUAAGUACUGGCAUUCGGCGUUAACGGACAAGUGCUGGCAUCACAUGAUCAACAUGGCAUAAUUCUCUCUGAUAUCACGAUAGCGGAAAAAUGGACUUCACUAUGACGUGAAGACCGAAAAAGUCGCGCUGCGGACCGACUCCGAAAGCCCCACCUCGAAGGAAUUCGAUAGUGGGCGACGAUGGGAUUGUCACGAUUGGUCGAGAACCUUACGCGGUAGAUAUUGAUUGUACGAUACACAAGUUCGAGGACGAAUUUAGCAUUCGCUGGCUGUGAUGCCUUGUGAUGCAGAAUCCAUGGCAACAUUCCGCGUUCAGAAGGCGCGCAC